AUGUCUCCUGUCUCUGUUGAUUCCGAUAACCCCCCAUCACCACCACCACCUGAUUACAACUUCGUAAACUCCCUCAUUACCGAGAAAGAACAAGAUGAGAAGCUCUUCACGGAGAGUUCUUUCAAUAUAAAAGACGAAGAGGAGAAUGAUGAAGAAGGACACGAGACCAGAAGUAGGGCGGGGCAACAAUAUGAGUCGCAACCAGUGACGAAAGUUGCCAACGAUUCCAGUUGGACAGAGAAAAAACCCGCAUUGGUUUUGAAUCAUCAAAAGUUCGACUUCAUCGAUUUUUUAGACUCCACGGGAGGAUUGGUUCAUCACGAGAGCCCUUACGAUUGUACCUUACCUCACCGAAACUCAAAUUCCAAAGCACCGAUCCUGGCAUUCAAACAAACCGACGACAUCAUUCAAUCCAUCACACAACGGGAUCAAGAUUUGGAUGAUAAAAGUGAUAAAAAUCUGGGCAACAGAUACACAUCAUAUGGUACAAAUUACCGGGACAGCUUUUUGGAAGGUUCCGCAGCUUACGGCAUACAACCGUCUCGGAAUCCCGAAAAAGCUAAAAGAAAUAGUAUAUUCGACAGAACACUCAGCCUGAGAAGGUCGAUAUUACCCCGAAGGAAAAAUAAGGAUUCCCAAGCGGGCGAAAAACGGCAAUCCAGUUGGUUUAAGCGUUGA